CGGGGGGAAGGGGAGUGAAGAACAACAUUUCCCAUGAGCCUGUUCGCGGGGAACAGGCCCUUCUCGGAAUGGUUGAUAUCACAACAGAUUCCACAGUUUGAAGAUGUUAAAUUUGAAGCAGCAAGCCUUCUGUCUGAACUGUACUGUCAAGAGAAUUCAGUUGAUGCAGCAAAGCCUUUGUUGCGUAAAGCCAUCCAGAUUUCACAGCAGACUCCGUACUGGCACUGUAGACUACUUUUUCAGCUUGCCCAACUUCACACACUUGAAAAAGAUUUGGUAUCUGCAUGUGACCUUCUAGGAGUUGGAGCAGAAUAUGCCCGGGUAGUAGGAUCAGAAUAUACCAGGGCACUGUUUCUGCUAAGUAAAGGGAUGCUUCUUCUAAUGGAACGGAAACUGCAGGAAGUGCACCCGCUCCUUACUUUGUGCGGACAGAUAGUUGAAAACUGGCAAGGAAAUCCCAUCCAGAAAGAAUCAUUGCGGGUAUUCUUCUUGGUGCUGCAGGUGACUCAUUACCUGGAUGCUGGGCAGGUGAAAAGUGUGAAACCAUGUCUGAAGCAGCUGCAGCAGUGCAUUCAGACCAUAUCGACUCUUCAUGACGAUGAAAUUCUACCCAGCAACCCAGCAGAUCUCUUUCACUGGCUGCCGAAGGAGCACAUGUGUGUGCUGGUCUACCUGGUGAGAAGCUUUGUUUUACUUGAGCGGACAUUGUUAACUGAUGAGGUGACGGUGAUGCAUUCCAUGCAAGCAGGAUACCUAGAGAAGGCACAAAAGUACACAGACAAAGCACUCAUGCAGCUAGAAAAGCUAAAAAUGUUGGAUUGCAGUCCUAUUUUGUCAUCUUUCCAAGUUAUUUUGUUGGAACAUAUUAUCAUGUGUCGGCUUGUAACGGGGCACAAAGCUACAGCACUGCAGGAGAUCUCACAAGUCUGUCAACUCUGCCAGCAAUCUCCCAGACUGUUUUCUAAUCAUGCUGCGCAGCUACAUACUCUCCUAGGGCUUUACUGCAUUUCUGUUAAUUGCAUGGACAAUGCAGAAGCACAAUUUACUACAGCAUUGCGGCUCACCACACAUCAGGAAUUGUGGGCAUUUAUUGUGACAAACCUGGCCAGUGUGUACAUCAGGGAAGGCAACAGACAUCAAGAGCUUUACAGUUUAUUGGAAAGGAUAAAUCCAGACCACAACUUCCCUGUAAGCUCUCACUGUCUCCGAGCAGCUGCUUUCUACAUCCGAGGACUGUUCUCCUUCUUCCAAGGAAGAUACAAUGAAGCAAAACGAUUUUUGCGAGAGACACUGAAAAUGUCAAAUGCAGAAGACUUGAACCGAUUAACAGCGUGUUCUCUUGUACUCCUGGGUCAUAUAUUCUACGUGCUAGGGAAUCACAGGGAAAGUAAUAACAUGGUGGUACCAGCCAUGCAACUUGCUAGCAAGAUCCCAGACAUGUCUGUGCAACUAUGGUCUUCAGCUCUGCUGCGAGAUCUGAACAAAGCCUGUGGAAACGCAAUGGAUGCUCAUGAGGCUGCACAGAUGCAUCAGAACUUUUCACAGCAGCUUCUUCAGGAUCAUAUUGAAGCUUGUAGUCUUCCAGAACACAACCUAAUUACGUGGACAGAUGGACCCCCUCCUGUACAGUUCCAGGCUCAGAAUGGACCCACCACCAGCCUGGCCAGUCUCCUGUGAAAGAGAAACUACCAGGAGGACAAUGCUUAAAAAUGUAGCCAAAAAAAAGGGGGAAAAUCCAGAACAUUUUCCCAAAAACUUUUCUGCAAAGAAGAAAAAGCAAAUUCCUCUUCUAGCAAGGGCCUCGUAGGAAAUGGAUUGAUAAUCACAUAAUGUACAUUUCAUAGACUUACAAAGCGGGAAGGGCAUUUUAAGCUGCUUUUAUGUAGCCUGUGUGAACAUACAGCUAGUUUGUGUGUAUACUCACAAUCUGGUUUUAACUUGUUUUCCUCUUGUCCAGAAUUAAGGUUUAGACAAAGAGGAACACUUGUUCCUUAAAGUGGUUAGAUGUUUGUUUUUUAAAAGGACAAUACCAGAAAAUGAAGAAUGUAUUGAGAUUGGAACAAUGAUCAUAAUCUAAAUAUUUAAACCCUACCUGAAAUGA